UGUGAAUGGAUUGGCCCGGACCAGUCAGGACCGCCGAAAAAUGCGGAAGUAAGACCAGAUAAGGUGACAGCGGAGGAUUUCUUAUCUAACCCACACAUCUUGACCCGGUCUGUCGGGUCUGGUCCCCGGUGUGAGUCCGCUCGUGUUGAAUAAUGGUGUACAUUAGUACACCUUUGUGCAUUAGUCUUUCUCAGGCUGAGACCGGCUCCCAUGCGAGUCAGUGAGACAUAGACACUCUCUGUGGACAGCUCUUUGACUUUUCCAGCCUCACAUCAGCCCGGUGCCUCACUUUGUGUCAGCAUGGCAACAAAAAGCAGGCUCUUUCUGCAGAGAGUCCUCACUGAGCUCAGAGCCCACUCGGUCCGGUAUCGGAGCCCAGCUUCGACCUUAGGUGAAGGACGCGUCCUGUGGAGACCACAUGUCAGACAGCUGAGCUGCUCCUACACCCUCUGCAGGUCUGAGCCUCCCCUCACAGGUCCCAGCAGUUUGUCAUUAAGGAGUCACACCUGUGGAGAACUGAGACCAGAUCAUGUGGGAGACACAGUCACUCUGUGUGGUUGGGUCCAGUACCUCAGACAAGACCUGUUUGUCAUCUUGAGAGAUUUCAGUGGCUUGACUCAAAUUGUAAUUCCUCAAGAAGAGUCUGCAGGUAAUUUGAAAGCAGUGCUGUGUGAUCUCACCGCUGAGUCUGUCAUCAAGGUCACAGGAACUGUCAGACGACGACCAGACGGACAGGAGAACAAGGGGAUGCCGACAGGAGAAAUAGAAGUCCUGGCUGAGAACGUGGAGGUUUUCAACGUGAGCCGCAAAUUACCUUUUGAGAUUAAAGACUUUGUCAAAAAAUCGGAGUCUUUGCGGAUGCAGUAUCGUUACCUGGACCUGAGGUCCUCUCAGAUGCAGAAGAACCUCAGACUGCGAUCUCAGCUGGUGAUGAAGAUGAGAGAGUACCUCUGUAAUGUACAUGGUUUUGUUGAUGUGGAAACUCCUACUUUGUUUAAAAGAACACCAGGGGGAGCCAAAGAGUUUGUGGUUCCUUCCAGGGAGCCGGGCCGGUUCUUUUCCCUGCCCCAGAGUCCACAGCAGUUUAAACAGCUUCUGAUGGUGGCAGGUAUAGACAGGUACUUCCAGGUGGCUCGGUGCUACAGAGAUGAAGGCUCCAAACCAGACCGGCAGCCUGAGUUCACCCAGGUAGACAUAGAGAUGUCUUUUGUGGACCAGGCAGGUAUCAUGUCCCUCGUGGAGGGUUUGUUACAGCACUCCUGGCCUGCAGAGAAAGGCCCCAUUAAGGUUCCUUUCCAAACCAUGACGUACGAAGAGGCCAUGAGGGACUAUGGUGUGGACAAACCUGACACUAGAUUCAGUAUGAAGUUGAUCGACCUCAGUGAGGUUUUCUUAUCCACGGAAAUUAAUUUCCUCCGAUCAGCUCUCAGCCAUCCAGGAGGCUCGGUUCAGGCCAUCUGUGUCCCCGGUGGAGCGAACCUUUUCUCUGGGAAAGAUUUGGAAGAAUUGAAACAAACAGCCAAGACUCAGUUUGAACAGGAGCUGAGCGUGGUGCUGGUCAGAGGAGACGGGACUCUGAAGUCCCCCCUGAAAAAGCUGCUUUCUGCCUUUGACACAGAGGAGCUGCUGAACAAGGCCGGAGCCAAACCUGGAGACCUGCUCCUGAUGGCAGCCGGGCCCCUCCACACUGUGCGCCCGUUGCUGGGUAAUCUUCGCCUGCGGUCUGCAGAGCUCCUGGAGUCUCACGGCGUUUCGCUACGAGACCUUUCAGCCUUCCACUUCCUGUGGGUUGUGGACUUUCCUCUCUUCCUACCUAAAGAAGAUGAGCUGGGACAGCUGGAGUCAGCCCAUCAUCCAUUUACAGCUCCAGUUCCGGAGCACGCGCCGUUACUCUACACAGAGCCACACAAGGUAUGUGGUCAGCACUAUGACCUGGUGUUGAACGGCUGUGAGAUUGGAGGAGGAUCCAUCCGUAUCCACAAAGCCUCAGAGCAGCUGCACGUCCUGAAGAAUAUCCUCAAGGAGGAUCCCAGUCUGCUCUUUCACCUGCUGGAGGCUCUGGACUCAGGAGCGCCACCACAUGGAGGCAUUGCUUUGGGUUUGGACCGGCUGGUCUCCAUCAUGGUCAGUGCUUCCAGCAUUCGUGACGUCAUUGCCUUUCCCAAGUCGUUCCGGGGUCAUGACCUUAUGAGCCGGGCCCCUGACCGGGUGUCUGAGGAGGAGCUGAAGUCUUACCACAUCUCCGUCAGAUGGCCAUCAGAGCAAGGAGGAGGAGAAGAGGGGAAGUGAGGAGAUUAAGAAGGAAGAGAUAAAGAGACAUUAGAGGAAAGGCUGAUGCCAGAUCUCUGUAACCCUGACGACAGAGGAAAGAGGAGGAUGACGAGGAGACAGAGACGAGCAGACAACGAGCGUUCUAUGAAAAACUCAGCUGGUCGGCAGAGACGAGGAAGAGAGUAAAUGGGGGGAGAGGAAAUGAGGAGGAGGUGAUGCUGUGGCUGAACUUCAGGACUCUUACUUUGAAAUGGAAGAGAACAGGACACAUGGAGACAGCCAUGCCAUUAAAAUCGGAGAACACCGAGUUCAGCAAAGAAGAUAAGCUUACCACACAGGUCUCACUACUUUGGUGUUUCUUCCCAGACCAACACCUCAUAUUAUCAAUCAUUCAUUAAUAAGAGAAAGUAUUGACAAGUUCUUCAGUUAAAGAUGAGUAAUGUUUCGAAGAUGUUGUGUUUUUAUUUAUAGCUUUAUCCUGCUGCAGGUUCAAAGUAUUAAUGAGAAUCAUUUUUGUUCAUGUUUGGGUUUUUAAAGAGGCACCCAAAUAAUGGAAAAAAUACCAGUGUAUUUACUCAUUUACUUCUUGUGGUCUGGUUAUCCAUAACCUGACUUACAGAGUAAAAAUCAGCUUGAGUGACUGAGUGAGGUGUUAUCAAAGCUUUCAGUGAGCCUUCCAGUCCUGUAGGGAGACAUCAACAAUUCUCAAGUUUCUCUGCUCACUUAUUCAGGGUUUCCUUCCCAUUUCCAGGUUUGGAGCAGAACUGAAACAGUUAAGUCAACAACAAGAACAACAGUCAAUUUUUAGUCAUUAUUUGAUUGAUAGAAAAAUAAUCCGGAACUAUUUUAGCAUGUUGUUAACUGUCAGAGUCUGAGUUUUUCAAGCUGAAGUGCCUAUAAAUAAUUGUAAACUGAACAUCCGUGAGUUUUAGACAGUUUGGACAGACAAAACAGGAUAUUUGAAGACAUCACCUUGGGCUCUCUAAAACUGGGAUGGGCUGUUUGGACAAUUCUCUAACAGUUUGCAGAAUCGGCAGAUGAAUCAGUAAUGAAAAUAUUAAAUUGAAAAUAGUAAAUUGAAUUUUAAGGUGUAUUUAAGGGGUAGACAGUUUUCCCUUUAAAUUGUUUUUUUACACAGUGUUUUAUAAAGUACAGUAAGCUGUUCUGAACAGUUAAUAUAAAGAUAGAAGUUGUUGGGGACAACGAUAGAUUAAUUUGAACUCAAUUUAGAAACAGCAGAUACAAUAUAUUACACUAAAACUGCAUUUAAAACAUGGAUUGAAUGUUAUGGAUUAAAAAUGCAAUGACCAAAAAUACACAGACAAGUAUUUUUAUCUCUGAACUUCAGCUGUAGAUACACUAUAUGUGCUAAACUUCACUUUAAAAAAUACUCACCAUUUAAGAGGAUAAAUGUUUUACAGGACCUGUCAGGUGUUGAAUGUUCUUCAUAACAACCCUGCUCCUUUUUAUAGCUCUUCUUUGUCCUUUCAUCAGUCAAAACAUAUGAUAUAUAAAUGAGCCCAUUCCCUCACAAGAAAGAUCUGAAUUUUAGAAAGUAUUUUACUUUUUACUUGUUUAUAUCUUUUUCUUAUUUGUCACAUUACCUAAUGUUUCAAGGAUGGAGCCUUCACGUGAGCAGUGGAAGGUAAUGCGGUGCAGAUCCUGGAGCUGUAGUAACCACUGUUCUCUGAUGUUUCUGAUGAUCUAUGAAUCCAAUUCACUUCCGUCAAUCUGGUUUAUCUAUUGUCCUACAAGAGGAAAUUCUAUAUGUAGAAGGCAAGGUUCAAAAAAUAUUAUGGACACAGCAAAUCACCAACACAUUAUAACUCAUAUAAAUCAGAGAACUAUAUUCUCAGGACAGAAUACAGGAAACAGUUAAUACCUGACAGAACAGAACCCUUGAACAAACAUGCAGAUUGUUAUUUCAGUCAUUCAGCCAUCCUGUUUACUUUGUUACCGCCUUCUCCAGGUGUAAUGCCAUCCUGUUUCACCAGACAGUGGGUUCAUUUUGGUUUUUCCUCAAAGUAAGAAAAUCUGGCUUUAACACCAGGCUGUAACAACAGGUAUUAAGUCAACAAACGAUUUGCUGACUUCACGUUUUUAAUGAAUUUUGGGCAGUUAAACACAUGCAAACACUUUAUUAAUACAUGUUAACAGCUGUAAACAUAGAAGUUAACCUGGGUGGAAAUAAAUCUCAUAUGAGAUAUGAGAUAUAAUAAGAUAUAAUAAUCUAAAUGGUGUAAAGCUGAAAAUAGUCCAAAAAAGUCAAACAGAAGUUUCUGAAUUACACAAUAGAUAAAAAAUAUUGAUUUUUUUUUUCACAUUUUUACAUUUAUAGCUCUGCUUAUUCCCUAUUACUACGUUUAUAUAGCGUCUAUAUAGUGUGUGUGUGUAUGUA